AUGGAUCUGUGUAAUAAAUUGCUUUUGAAGUGUUCUGCUUUGAUUGCACUUUCCUUGGCUCUACAAAUUUUUACCAGUCCAGCAACAAUCCAUAAUGCAAAAGAAACAACUGUGCACAAAAUGACACAAAACAACAAAAACGCCACAACACAACAGGAAAAUAUCUUUUCUAACUUGUAUAACAAUUCAUAUAUUAAUACUUCAAAUAACCCAACAAUUCCAACCAGGUAUAACAGUACUAACAGCACAGAUUUUGACAGCACACACCACAGCUUAACAGUGCCAAGCCCAACAGCAGAGAUUACAACACUUCUGAUAAACGUAACUGCCACCAAAACAAACUUUGCAACACAGUUUGCUUCUGAUACCACAAGAGCAGCAGUCUCAACACCCAGACCACCAGUAUCCACUGUGCAUGAUAGUAAUGAAAGUAUAGCCAAGUCCACUCUGGCAUACUUCACCACAGGAACGGAUAUAGACAACAAAACAAACAAUGAAACUGCCGGUAAAAGUGCUGGUCUGAAUCAUUCAGAAAUGUCCCUGACCAUUUUAUUCAGUGUUGUGCUUGGUAUGACACUUUUAAUCAUUUUGGCACUAGCUGUCUACAAAAUGACCAGGAGCAAACUGGCUCAGUAUUCUCACCAUCCUCUUCAUAAUGAAGAUACAGGUGGGCUGUUCAUGGUAACAGAUGAAACCCUACUGACUUCAGAAGGUCUCUGUGAUGACCCUCAGAUCUACAAAUCCACAGUAACUGCGCUGAAUGAAGACCAGACCUUUACCUACACACCCACACAAUUUAGACUGGAAUUCUUGAAUGAGGACCCAGCAACAGACCAUACACAGGAAGCUACAACCUUUAAAACUUUUAACACCACUGGCCAACAGCCUUAGUAACAGUCUUGUAAAACUCAAAACAAGCUUAAAAAUUUUUAUUUCAUGGGAAGAAUAAUAGGUGAAACAACAAACAGUGUGGAACAGUAACAAGGAAUAAUACUUAAAUAUUGAAACAUUUAAAUCUUUUACAAAUGUGUGAACACACACAAGCAAACACAGGAAUAACAUACACUGAAAAUAUAUUUAUAUUUUAAUACCUUUUCCUUUAAAAAUAUUAUCUAAUGUUCUUAAAUGAAAAUAUUAAAAUGAACAGAAGAACCAGUAACACUUCUAGAGUCUAACUGAUUUAGUUUGACAAUACAAAAGUGGUUAAGCAAAUAUUUUUUCAGUGACUUUUUUCUUUUUCUUGUCUGAACUGGUAAUGGUAGUCCAACCUGCAUCCCGCAUCCUCUUCAUGGCUGCCAGUUUUAAUGCUGCUCCUGGAGACUUAGAAACAGCAUAACUCUGUACCUAUAAAUAAAGAACAUUUAAACUUUGUAGGAUUAUUGUUACUUCUGAGAAAAGCCUUAUAUACCAUAUUCCAAACCUUCUUGAAUGAGCCCAGGCACUCUGUUCCUGAGCCUUUUGUUUGAUUGUUAAUGACUGUAGAGAUACUCUGCCAAAACAGAAAAAAGUUAAAAAGAAAUACAAAUCAAACCGAAGCAAAAAUAUAUUCACUGUUAUUUUAAAGCAAACAAGCGUUUUAAGACUGAUUGUAAAUUAAACAGCAUUACAGAAUAAUUUACCAGUACAUCAUUUUGCUCUGAGCUGUCAGAUUUGGGAUCCAGCUCCAGGGUGUUUUUCUUCCAAGGUGCUGAUUUCUUUGUUGAAGGUGGGGUGCGUAUUCUGAAAGACUGGAGCAGAAAAUACAUUCACUUAUUCAUUCUUUUUACUUCAGACAAAAAGAGUUGAUAUGCAUACCUUUAUUCGAGAUGCUGUUCCAGUCUUUGGUCCCAAAGUCCAAGAUGGUGUUUUAAGACUGUCAUCUAAUCCCUGUUAUUAAAUAGAAUCCAUGUCAUGUAUAGAGAAACGCCAACUCUAUUAGAUUAAUCACCAUAAUCAAUGUAAAUACUGAAUAAAUGCUAACAAAAGG